AUGGUGGACACUAACGCCGAAGCACCUGCCGGCGCGCCCGAGGACCCGAUGUUCCACCGCUGCCCCGACCCCAGCUGCCGUCGCCAGUUCAGCCGCAAGUACUCGCUCAGCGAGCACAUGAAGACCCACACGGGCGAGCGGCCGCACGUGUGCCCCGUGCGCUCGUGCGCCAAGCGGUUCACGACGUCCGGGAACCUCGCCAGACACAAGCGCCUGCACGGCUACAUCGAACCGCUCAAGUGCCCCGUGGAGGGCUGCAUCUGCAGCUUCCCGAGCGACCUCAAGCUCCAGAAGCACAUGAAGUUCCACUACGGCGGGCCUGUGCACUUGUGCGAGGUGCCCGGCUGCGGCAAGACCUUCACCACCACGGGCAACCUCAACCGCCACAUGAAGAACCAGCACUUCGACCUCGCGGCCCCGCAGUGCCGACUCAAGCGCGCGUGGUCAACGGGCACGAACCCGCUGCCGCAGGAGUCGGCGGCGAACUUUAACCGCAAAAUCGAGGAUCACCUCGCCGCACUGGACGAAACGCUGGACAACCUGUCGGCGCUGCUGAUCGACACGGGGCUCGACGGCCCAAAGUGCGGCGGCGACAGGCAGAGCUGCCUCGUGGACGACAUCAUCCGCUUCCACGUGCAGGAGCUUGGCUACCCUUAG